CCCAUCUCUCACUUCGUCCUCUCUUUUCUUGUGUAAACUAAAAAAAACUCAAAAAUGGCUUCGGUAGCUCUUCGAAACCCUACCUCGAAGCGUCUUCUCCCGUUCUCUUCUCAGAUCUACUCACGUUGCAGUGUCUCCAUCACUUCUUCUUCUCCUUCGAUCUCUCAUUCACUCGGAGGAGAUGAUCUCUCUCCUCCUUCAAGUUUCGGAACUUCUCUGUGGAGAUCAAUGGCCACUUUUACUCGAAAUAAACCUCAUGUAAAUGUUGGGACAAUUGGGCAUGUGGAUCAUGGGAAGACUACUUUGACUGCUGCAAUCACAAAGGUUCUUGCUGAAGAGGGGAAAGCUAAAGCUAUUGCCUUUGAUGAAAUUGAUAAAGCUCCUGAAGAGAAGAAGAGAGGAAUUACUAUUGCCACGGCUCAUGUGGAGUAUGAGACUGCUAAGCGUCACUAUGCUCAUGUGGAUUGUCCUGGACACGCUGAUUAUGUUAAGAAUAUGAUUACGGGAGCUGCACAAAUGGAUGGUGGGAUUCUUGUGGUUUCAGGUCCAGAUGGACCCAUGCCUCAGACCAAGGAACAUAUUCUACUUGCACGUCAGGUUGGUGUUCCAUCGCUUGUGUGCUUCCUUAACAAAGUUGAUGUGGUGGAUGAUCCAGAGUUGUUGGAGCUUGUUGAGAUGGAACUGCGUGAACUUCUCAGCUUCUACAAGUUUCCUGGGGAUGAUAUUCCCAUAAUCCGGGGAUCUGCCCUGUCUGCACUUCAAGGCACAAACGAUGAAAUUGGAAGGCAAGCUAUAUUGAAGCUAAUGGAUGCUGUUGAUGAAUACAUACCGGACCCUGUUCGUGUGCUCGACAAGCCUUUCUUGAUGCCUAUUGAAGAUGUUUUCUCGAUUCAAGGACGUGGAACUGUUGCAACGGGUCGGAUUGAACAAGGAGUCAUCAAAGUGGGUGAAGAAGUUGAGAUAUUGGGUUUAAAAGACGGACCUCCAAUGAAAUCAACUGUAACUGGGGUUGAGAUGUUCAAGAAGAUUUUGGAUAAUGGACAGGCUGGUGAUAAUGUAGGACUUCUUCUGCGUGGGCUAAAGAGAGAAGACAUUCAGCGUGGAAUGGUAAAGCUUAAGCAUCCUUAUUAUGACUAGUGGAUGAGAGCACUAAUGCUUUCUCUCUGUAUACAUGGUUUGCUUAUUAGGUGAUUGCUAAGCCUGGCUCAUGCAAGACAUACAAGAAGUUUGAAGCAGAGAUUUAUGUGCUCACAAAGGACGAAGGUGGCCGUCACACUGCUUUCUUAUCAAACUACAUGCCUCAGUUUUACUUGAGGACUGCAGAUAUCACUGGAAGAGUAGAACUACCAGAAGACGUGAAGAUGGUUUUGCCUGGUGACAAUGUCACUGCGGUUUUCGAGCUUAUCAUGCCUGUCCCACUCGAAAUAGGUCAAAGAUUUGCCCUGAGGGAAGGAGGCAGAACAGUUGGAGCUGGUGUUGUCUCUAAAGUGAUGACUUGAUCAGAGUUCUCAAAAGGCACAUCCUUAGGUAUCAAAAGCCAUCCAUGAUGUGAUUUUUUUUUGCUUUUUCUUUUGGUUUCGACUAGAUCAAAUAACAGACGGAGAGAAACAUAAUUUAAGCUUCCAGAGAGAAAGAUAGUAUUUUCUGCAACUGUGUAGUAUUUUAAUGUUCCGAGUUUGAACUAUUCCAAAUUAUUC